AUGGUGACCAAGAAAUUACUUUGUGAAUCGGUUAUAUUUCUUCCUUUGAAAGACUUACGUUACUCAUCGACAGCUCAACAAGGACACACAUGGUUCAUGAGUUCAAUGUAUGACACACAUGAAGAAGGUGAAGUCCAAUACCAAAGAUUCCCUUCAAAUGCAUCAAAAGGUAAAGUUUUGUGCCUUAAAGGUAAUAACACUCAUGAUGGCGCAUGGAAUUCAUAUGCACUAGCAUGGCCUGAAUAUUUGCCUUACAACUCUACUUUAAAGAAAGGUCUCACAUUUGUGUCAUACAAUCACUAUAAUUAUGAUAACAUUUGGCAUGGCUUGUCAUCUAUGGUACCAUUUGUAGCAUGGCAUAUCAAGAACAGCCAAUGUUCGCGUACUCCCACUAGAUGGAUUUUGUACCAUUGGGGUGAAGUUAGGAUUAAAAUGGGAUCUUGGUUGAAAUCUUUAAUGGAAGCUACUUUUGGUGAACCACUUCAAAUUGAAAAUAUUAGUAAUAAUGCUACUUGUUUUGAGGAUGCUGUGGUGAUGAGACAUAAUGAAGGGGGUAUGUCUAGACAAAAAAGGAUUCAAGUAUAUGAUUUGCUAAGGUGUAAGGCUAGAAUUUAUUGUAAUGUAAGCGAAAGGAAAACGCCAGUGAUCGGAAUGACAAUGUUCAUGAGAGUUAACAAUGGACCAAGAUCUUUCAAGAAUGAUUCUGCUGUCAUUGGAAUUUUUUACAAGGAAUGUAAAAAGAUGGAAGGCUGCCACUUCAUACUUGCUUACUCCAAUAAUCUCACUUUCUGUGAACAGGUGAGGGUGAUGAGUUUGACAGACAUACUAAUAUCUCCACACGGUGCACAAUUAACAAACAUGCUCCUCAUGGACAAAAACAGCAGUGUGUUAGAGUUUUUCCCCAAAGGAUGGCUUAAAAUAGCAGGUGUAGGCCAAUAUGUGUAUCACUGGAUAGCUAGUUGGUCAGGGAUGAAACACCAAGGAGCAUGGCGUGAUCCUGAUGGCGAUUCUUGCCCUUACUCGGACGAUGAUAAACGUUGCAUGUCCAUUUAUAAAAAUGGCAAAAUUGGAUACAAUAAGACCUAUUUUUCUGAAUGGGCUAGACGUGUUCUUAAUGAAGUGAAAAUAAGGAAGAAGGAAGAAUUAGGCUCAGAAAAGAGUUCACAUGUUACUUCUACUACCUGUUACUGUUCUUAA